CCCACAAGUUCACCAGUGUUGUAUAAACAGUCUGAAGAGCUUAGCUGCUUGUGCUAAUAUAGGCGCAUAACGGUGGUAAAAUAUAAUAAAAUAAAUGUAACUUGUAUUUAGGAACGGAUACGCCAUCAAUCGCCAAUAGGAAGGUACGGUGCAUGAUUUUUAGCCCCAUGUUUGAUUACAAGCGUGCUAAGAGCCUAGUGAGGAGAAUUGAAAAGAGCCUGACGCCGCGCAGCCUUGUCGCUUUAGCUCUGAAUCUUUAAUGUAAUUCACAGCAUCUAUAUUUAGUGAUAUUACUAACGCAAAGAUGACAGAGCGGGAGGAACGGCGCUUCGCCGAGGUGCCGCGGGAAUCCAUUAAACUGAUGGCCGAAAGCACCGGAGUGGAGCUCAGCGAGGAGGUGGCAACUCUGCUGGCGGAGGAUGUGUGCUACCGCCUCAGAGAGGCAACACAGAACAGCUCACAGUUCAUGAGACAUGCAAAGAGAAGGAAGCUGAGCGUGGAAGACUUCAAUAGAGCACUACGGUGGAGCAAUACUGAGGUACCUAUUCUGCCCACUGCUGUUCAGUCUCUAUCAGAGGAUCUGCUGAAGUAUUACCAACAAAUAACGCGAGCCAUUUUAGGAGAGGAUCCACAUCUGAUGAAGGUGGCUUUGCUAGACCUCCAGUCCAAUUCAAAGAUCGCUGCCCUCCUGCCUUACUUCGUUUACGUCAUCAGUGGGGUGAAGUCAGUAAGUCAUGAUCUGGACCAGUUAAACAGACUCCUACACAUGGUGAAGAGUUUGGUGCAGAACCCGUACCUGUACCUGGGCUCAUAUGUGCGCAGUCUUGUGUCCAGUGUCAUGUACUGCAUCCUGGAACCUCUGGCUGCUUCCAUCAACCCCCUCAAUGACCACUGGACCCUGAGAGACUAUGCAGCCCUUCUGCUCAGCCACAUCUUCUGGACACAUGGUGAUCUUGUGAGUGGGCUGUACCAUCAGAUUCUCCUGUCUCUGCAGAAGGUUCUUUCCGAUCCGGUUAGACCUCUCUGUUCCCACUAUGGAGCAGUAGUGGGUCUGCAUGCUCUCGGAUGGAAGGCUGUUGAACGUGUGCUGUAUCCUCACCUCCCUGCCUAUUGGGCGAAUCUACAAGCUGUGCUAGAUGAUUACUCUGUGUCCAACGCACAGGUGAAAGCAGAUGGCCACAAAGUCUAUGGAGCCAUUCUGGUGGCGGUAGAGCGUUUGCUGAAGAUGAAGGCACUCAGUCUGACCUUGGCAGCAGAAGGAGGCUGUGCUGGUCAACCAGGCACUGCCACAGGGGCUGUCGGCUUCAGAGAAAACUCACUUGGCCUCAGCCCGCCUCCCGAACCUCUUUCCGAACCCCCUCUUGGCAUUGCAAGCCAUCUCCAAGCAGGUGGAGCUGGCUGUCCAUGGGAGGAGUGGACUCCUGUAUCUCUUCCUGCCAUGUACUGUGAACUCUACUCCUUUUUUGGAGACAGUCUGGCUGUACGCUUCAGCACUGACCCGCCACUAGGUGGUGCCCCACCUUCAGGUUCCUGCCAACCACUAGAGGGCAGGAAAGAGCCAGCGAGUGGUGCCCCCAAUCUUGAGAAUACACGAAAAAUGCCCCAGCUAACUGCCAGUAUGAAUAUUAGCCCAAGACAAGAUGGAAGCCCUCGUAUGGAACCACAACCACCAAGUCUGGCUGCUACCGUCCCAGGGAGGUAG